CCGCUCGCCCGCAUCCGCUCCUCCUCCCCCGAACACGCAACGCCGUCGUCCGCCACUGGCAACCUCCCACGCCCCCGCGCGCCGCGCCCACCUGGUACACGUACUCCCGAACCCAGCACCAACCCUCCUCGUCACCACUCUCUCUCUCUACUUUCCCUCGCUCUCUCCCUCUCUCUCUCUUUCUCCAUUGCUGCACCCUUGAUUCGCGCAAAGGACGCCACGGCUCGCGCUCUCUCUGUUGGUGGGCUGCUCAGGCGCGUGGUGCGGCUGGCCGGCGCUGCCGUCGGCGUGGUCUCGGGGCUGUUUUACUGCCGUGGGAUCGGGUGAUGGCGGCGGCGGUGUUCGCCGGGGACGGGGCCGCCGCGCGCGGGGGGUGCUCGGCGGAAUGCGCCGGGGGGAUCGAGAGGCCACCGGAUCUCGGGAGCAGGGCGGGGGACGGGUGCGGCAAGCGGAGCGUGUACCUCAUGGAGUGCGUGCCGCUGUGGGGCUGCGCCGCGGCGCGCGGCCGUGCCGCGGAGAUGGAGGACGCGUGCGCCGCCGUGCCGCGCUUCGCUGCCCUGCCGGCGCGGAUGCUCGCCAGCAGCCGUGAGCUGGACGGGAUCGGGGGCGACUUCGACGCCGCCGAGCUCCGGCUCCCAGCGCACCUGUUCGGCGUCUACGAUGGGCACGGCGGCUCGGAGGUCGCAAACUACUGCCGGGAUAAGAUCCACGUUGUGUUGAGAGAAGUGCUGAGAGACGGCAGGGGGUUGGAGGAACUGGGAGAAGUAGGGGAGGUGGACGUGAAGGAAUCAUGGGAGAAGGUUUUCGGUGAUUGUUUCCAGAAGGUAGACGACGAGGUGUCGGGGAAAGCGAUCAGGUUUUCCAAUGGCGUCACGGAGCUCCGUCCGGAGCCUAUUGCCGCUGAUAACGUCGGUUCCACUGCCGUGGUUGCGAUUGUCUGCUCUUCUCAUGUCAUAACUGCGAAUUGUGGAGAUUCACGCGUCGUGCUCUGCCGUGGGAAGGAGCCGAUUGCUCUGUCCGUCGAUCACAAACCUGAUGGGAAAGACGAGCGUGCCAGGAUUGAGGCCGCAGGUGGAAAGGUCAUUGACUGGAAUGGUUAUCGUGUCUCUGGUAUUCUCGCAAUGUCACGGUCAAUCGGUGACCGAUACCUGAAACCAUUUCUGAUUCCAAAGCCUGAAGUCAGCGUUGUUCCUCGGGCAAAAGAUGAUGACUGCCUCAUUCUAGCAAGCGAUGGUCUGUGGGAUGUCAUGUCGAAUGAAGAUGCCUGCAAAGUUGCCCGGCGACAGAUCCUUCUGUGGUACAAGAAUAAUAACGACGGUGCAAAUUCUGAUGGAGGCAGCGAACCCACUAUGAAUCCUGCUGCAAAAGCAGCUGCGGAUUGUCUCGUGAGGCUAGCCCUGAUGAAAGGGAGCGGGGACAACAUUAGUGUCAUAGUUAUCGACCUGAAAUCAAGAAAGAAGCCCAAGGGCAAAUCCUAACAUGCCCGUAAUUCACCUGACUAGCUGACCGUGUCUGCGACCGGAGUUUCGACUGCUAGUCUGCUUUCCUUGCAAGAACGGCACGCCUACUCUUUUGUUUUGUUUAUUCAGUCGUCUGCAAGAGCUGUAUGUACAUAUGCUGAUAGGUCUACUUCCGAUAAUCUGAUGUAUGGGGUGUGUGUUGGCGUGUUUAUGUGUACCCCCCUAGCCUUUUGGUUUUGGGCUGUUCACACUUGACUUCCGUCAGGUUCAGAACAGCCAUGUAAUGUAGUGGUAUCUGCAUAAUAAUUGAGCCUUCUCAAGGACUUAUCAGCUAAUUUGAUCGUCGGAAGUUACAUAUGUA